UUGUAUUGUAUUGACAAAGCAUAUUUCCUAGGGAAAAGCAUCUGCAAAAGAUCUUCGUUUCUUCAUUUCUCUUUUUUAAAAUUUGAAGAAAGGCACAAUAAAACCCUAAAUAAAAUUUCCCCCAUUUACCAGCUGCCUCAUUUUUGUUCGAUUCUCCUUCCGCCGAGUAAAACGCCGUUACUGAAUCAUGAGGGGACUCAAACGCGCCGCUGUUUCCGAAUCGUUUCCCGAAGUCAACCAAUCUCCAGGUUAACUUUUAUUGGAACUGAAUCUGUGGCCUCAAUCUCAUAAUCAGUUUAAGAAUGCAAAACCAGUGGAAGGAACCUUGUUUGGUACUACUCAGCAUAGUUCGUCGUCAUUGGAUAAACAGAGAGCUGAGUUAGCUAGGAAGCAUGUCAGAGCUCUUAAUAAUCAAUUUGUAAGUUGGGUGCAAAUGCAGCUGAAGAAUCAUCCUGAUGAACUCUGGGAAGAUGGGAUGCAUGACUACAUUAGCCAUGCUUCCAACAUUCUGGAAAAGUUUAAAGAUGUUGUCAACUGGGUAAAACAAAGUAAGGGAAAGGGGGAUAAUGUGUCCCCUGAAUCUACUGGAGCAGAGAAGAAACAGGUGGGUGAAGUCGAGAAUAACGACGUUAAACCAGCUUCAAAUAACAGCCUCUUUGCUUUAAACACUCAACCUGGCAUCUUCUCCACCAAUCAAUCUUCCAAUUUUUCCAGCAGUCCAUUUGGUUUAGCAUCCAAUAGCCAAAGUGGAUCUUUUAGUAGUGGCCAGUUUGGUCUAGCCAAAAGCAAUAGCCAACCUUCUUUCUCAUUUUCUAAUAAUCAAAAUCCUUUUUCAUCCAGAGUUACUCCAGUGUCCAUACCUACAAAGCGGGAUUCCCCGGAAGAUGCAGACGGUGAAGAUGAAGAACCUCAACCGAGCAGCCCAUCUGUCAGAAAGACCGAAGAGAAGGGUGUUACUGUGGUCCAUGAAGUCAAAUGCAAACUUUAUGUCAAGUCAAAUGACCCAACAGAUAAAGGUGCAUGGAAAGAUAAAGGAGCUGGGAAUCUCUGCAUAAAAUGCAAAGAAGGCGUCGACAAGGGGACAAAAGAAUCUAAACCCACAAUUCUUGUCCGAAACGAUGUCGGGAAGCUGCUUCUUAAUGCUCUACUGUACACUGGAAUCAAGACGAAUGCACAGAAGAACGCACUUGUUGCAAUAUUUCACUCCUCGGAGGAUUCCAACGAGAAUGUAACACCUAGAACCUUCCUGAUAAGGACAAAGACAGCAGAGGCUAGGGAUAAGUUAGCAACAGCCAUCCAAGAAUACGCACCUUCUUCAUAAAAAUGCCCUUAACCCUUUUUAUAUCUUGUGGAGCCAUCCACUAUAUUUUUGUUCUCACUUGAUCUGUAAUACUAGGACGGGUCUUAAGAUAAGGGCAUGAUAAGAUUGUUGUAUUGAUUGUGAGAAAGAGCCAAAGUUACCUUGUAGCUUGUUAGAGAAUGUUGUGGCACUUGUAACUUUAAAAUCCAGAAACAAUAAAAUCAUUUCUUUUUGUA